AUGCGCGCGGCCGCGCUGGGGCUGGCGCUCCGGGCGCUCUGGGCUCUGGCCCUCUCCUCCCUCUCCAACACGCUGGCGGUGAACAACAGCGGGCGGUGGUGGGGCAUCAUCAACGUGGCCUCGUCCACCAACCUGCUGACGGACUCCAAGAACGUGCAGCUGGUGCUGGACCCCAGCCUGCAGCUGCUGAGCCGCAAGCAGCGCAAGCUGAUCCGGCAGAACCCCGGCAUCCUGCACAGCGUCAGCUCCGGCCUCCAGACAGCCAUCAAGGAGUGCAAGUGGCAGUUCCGCAACCGCCGCUGGAACUGUCCCACCUCGCAGGGCCCCAACAUCUUCGGCAAAAUCGUCAACCGGGGCUGCCGGGAGACGGCGUUCAUCUUUGCCAUCACCAGCGCCGGCGUGACGCACUCGGUGGCCCGGUCGUGCUCCGAGGGGUCCAUCGAGUCCUGCACCUGCGACUACCGGCGCCGUGGCCCCGGGGGGCCCGACUGGCACUGGGGGGGCUGCAGCGACAACAUCGACUUCGGGCGCCUCUUCGGGAGGGAGUUCGUGGACUCCAGCGAGAAGGGCCGAGACCUGCGUUUCCUCAUGAACCUGCACAACAACGAGGCUGGGCGCAUGACGGUCUUCUCGGAGAUGCGCCAGGAGUGCAAGUGCCACGGCAUGUCGGGCUCCUGCACCGUCCGCACCUGCUGGAUGCGGCUGCCCACCUUCCGCGCCGUGGGCGACGUCCUGAAGGAUCGCUUCGACGGCGCCUCCCGUGUCAUCUACGGCAACAAGGGCAGCAACCGGGCGUCGCGGGUGGAGCUGCACCACCUGGAGCCCGAGAACCCGGCCCACAAGCCGCCCUCGCCCCACGACCUCGUCUACUUCGAGAAGUCCCCCAAUUUCUGCACCUACAGCGGGAAGACGGGCACGGCGGGCACGGCGGGGAGGUUCUGCAACAGCUCCUCGCCGGGGCUGGACGGGUGCGAGCUGCUGUGCUGCGGGCGCGGGUACCGCACGCGCACCCAGCGCGUCACCGAGCGCUGCAACUGCACCUUCCACUGGUGCUGCCACGUCAGCUGCCUCAACUGCACCAACACCCAGGUGCUGCACGAGUGUCUGUGA